ACUAUUAUUGAGCUUUUCAAGUUUCAACAAGUUCUCUCCUUCGAUGGCUGGCUGGCUGGCUGACUUGCGCCUGCCCAACGCAACUAACUAUAUAGAAAACAAAGAAAAAAAUCUCAACAUCAAACCCUAAAAAGCCCCCAAAUCCCAUUCACUUCCUCUCUUUAUUCGAUCCCCAAACAACAUUCUCUGUUGUUGUUGUUGUUUCUGGAUUGUUCUUCAGAUGGCGGCGAUGAAUGCGACGUCGAUCUCGGGCGUUAAGCUUUCUGCUUCCGAUCGUAAAUUCUUCAGGUCAUGCCCUCAAGUCAGACCUGUCUUGUCUGUUUCUUGCUGGUUGCUCGAGGGAUUACAAGAAUCUCAGGCUUUCAUGGUUUCAGUUUCCAAGUCAACCGAUAAAAGUUCUGUCUUAUGCUGGGGAUUACAACACAAAGCCAACAAGAGAAAUAAUACUGGACUAACAUUUUCCUCUGUUGGAGUAGGCACAUAUGAUUUAAGUUCUGUAGAAUCUCAAUCACAUGUCACGGAGGAUAAGGUUGGGGUGUUGCUUCUGAAUCUUGGAGGGCCAGAAACACUUAAUGAUGUUCAGUCAUUUUUAUUUAAUCUAUUUGCGGAUCCUGAUAUUAUACGUUUGCCAAGGCUGUUUCGUUUUCUUCAGCAACCAUUGGCACAAUUAAUUUCUGUACUCCGGGCUCCCAAAAGUAAGGAAGGGUAUGCAUCCAUAGGAGGUGGCUCACCUUUGCGAAAAAUAACAGACGAGCAGGCACGAGAUAUUAAGUUAGCUUUGGAAUCAAGAAAUAUGGCAGCAAAUGUCUACGUAGGAAUGCGUUAUUGGCUUUCAUUCACUGAGGACGCAAUUCUGCAGAUCAAGAAGGACAAUGUAACGAAACUUGUUGUGCUGCCACUUUAUCCACAUUAUUCCAUUUCGACAACUGGAUCAAGCAUCAGUGUUAUCCAAAGUAUCUUCAGGGAAGACGCAUAUCUAUCUAGGCUGCCUGUUUCUAUCAUAAAGUCCUGGUAUCAACAAGAUGGUUAUGUCAAGUCUAUGGCUGAUCUGAUUGAAAAAGAGCUUGUGAAGUUCUCUAAUCCAGAGGAGGUCAUGAUAUUCUUUAAUGCCCACGGGGUACCAAACUUUUAUGUAAAAGAUGUGGGUGAUCCAUACAAGGACCAGAUGGAGGAUUGCAUCAUCUUAAUCAUGCGAGAGUUGAAAACUGGAGGAAUCAACAAUGAGCAUACUCUUGCUUACCAGAGCCGUGUGGUUCCUGUGCAAUGGCUAAAGCCCUACACUGACAAAGUACUCGUUGAGGUUGGUCAGAAAGGGGUGAAGAGUCUUCUAGCUGUACCAGUGAGCUUUGUGAGUGAGCACAUAGAGACUCUCGAAGAGAUUGACAUGGAGUACAAGGAGCUGGCUCUUGAAUCCGGCAUUGAGAAUUGGGGUCGGGUGCCUGCUUUGGGGUGUACCUCUUCUUUCAUCACAGAUCUUGCAGAUGCUGUAAUAGAAGCCUUACCAUCAGCAAGAGCCAUGUCUACAUCAAGUAGCAUCUCUGAGGAAAAUGACCAUGAUUUUCUGAGGUAUUGUAUCAAAGUAUCCUUCGGUUCCAUCUUAGCAUUUCUUUUGCUGUUACUUCCAAAAUUGAUGUCUGCAUUCAAGAGCCAUAUGUUGUGAAAGUUAUGAUGAUUCAUGAGAGGCUACUACAGAUGUACCGGUUCUGCAUGUAGCGAAUAAAAGUUCGAAUAGAAUAGAAUCAAAUAGAAUUUUUCCUAAAGAGUGAAUACUGAAUUCAAUACAAUUUUGUCCACAGUGCCGAGACAUAUGAAAUCUGUUUUUUUUUUAUUCUCAUCUUUUCCGGCCUUUCUAGUGUGUUAAAGAACAUGAUGAGAUAAAUAUUUUUGUAAUGUGAACAGAAUUAGAUGUCUUUUGGCUAAUUUGAUUCGAUGGAGAGAUAAACCAGUGGCUCUUUCCAUUGUGCAAGCAAGAUUGGUUGGAUUAGCCCACUUUUCUGUAGGUUAUAUAUUCACUUAUGCGGC